AUGACGGAUGCAACAGACAAACCACCGGACGUUAAUAAUAGGUUGUAUCCUGAUGAUAUAUUUUCCUGUGCAUCAGAAAAGCAACAAAUAUUAAGCGAUGACUUACCAUCAUUGGAAACAGUUCGUAAAAUGAUCGAAUAUGAAACAUUUUUACGUUUGUCAGACCCUAUUCAACAAGUUUUCGAUUUAUAUCAUAAAGAUGAUAAUGCUAUAACAAUGGUGCUCGACUUAAUUCAACAACAUGUCGUGGAACAUUUUGGAUAUAGACAUGUUAAUGCAUUACGAACAGCCAUAUCACGUUUUCCAGAUGAUCCAGUUAUUAAAGAAGCAUUUUAUGUUAAACAUAAUAAAAUCACUCAAGGUCUUGUCAAUCAAGGACAAUGUGUACGAUUAAAUAAAUUAUUUCGCUCGCAUGCGCCAGCUAUGCGUCUAUUGACAAUUUAUAUUGCUGAGGCGCAUGCACGUGAUCAAUGGCCAGCUGGAAAAACCAUAUCAUGUGUUGAUCAACCAAAAACAUUAGAAGAACGUUUAGAAAAUGCACGUCAAUUCAAGAAGAGAUUCAAUUUUGAAAUGCCUAUGUUAGUUGAUAGUAUGAAUAAUACAUUUCAUACAACUUAUGGUUCAUGGCCAUUUCGUUUUUAUGUUAUUCAUAAUGGAAAAUUAAUACUUAAGGCUGAACCAGGAGCAACAACAUAUGCUUAUGACUUAAAUGAAUUAGAUACAUGGAUUGAUAAUUUCUAUAUAGAUAAAAAUGCUCAAGUAUCUUAA